GAUCUUGAGAUAGGAGACAGACUUUACUUUGAACGGCAUGGUGGAAUAUACUAUCAUUGUUCAAUUUAUAUUGGUCACGGUCGAGUCAUUCAUUAUAGCACCAAUCCAAGAAACGGCAUGUUGUAUAGUGUAUUGGAAUAUUUGAUGGGGCAGGUGGCAGUAAGAACUGACUGCAUUUCUGACGUUGAAAGAGGUUCACAAAUAUAUCGUAUCAAAAGCUUAAAAAACGAAGCGGCCGAAAUAGAAAAAAUGAUACAAGAUGCACUACUACGAGUUGGUGAAAAAUCAUAUAGUAUUUUCAACAACAAUUGUCACCAUUUGUGCGAAGGAAUAACAGGAAAUGGAACGGUUCCAUCAGACAUCCGCGCAAUGCCGCGCGUACAUAUAAAUGCGAGUGACUUGAACGUACUUUGCGAGACACCCCUAUUGCUAAGCAGCCAAUCUUCGCCGGGCUACAAUAUUCAAGAGUUAGCUAGCACACGUACUAGUAUUUCAACUCAAGAAACUUGCGAGAGGAUAUUUUUACCUUUUCAACAACUGUAUGGCAAAAUGAUGAGCUGGGCAGAAGUAAAUACCUGCGUGGAAUUUGAAGAGACAUCCUUAAUCAAUCUGAUGAACAAUACUGGACUACAAAAGUGGCAAGGAAAUGGCACGUGUCCUCAGACGAAUUUCUUUUGGAGUGGUGCAAAGACAUUGUUGACACAAGACUAUUCGGGUCUAUACAUAGACACAAUCAAUUUGAUCAACAAUACUGGACUACAAGAAUGGCGGCAAGGAAAUGACACGUGUUCUCUGACGAAUUCCUAUUGGGGUGGUGCAAAGACCAAAUUUACACAAUACUAUUCGGGUGGAUACAUAGACACAGUAAGUAAAUCAUGUAUACCAGCAGAGUGCAUUUUCAUGGUUUUACAUAAAACUGCUUAGCUAAAUCGAAAACUAUCCGUUGCAUAAGCAACAUUUAAAACUGCACAGUACAGUUGCAGAAA